AUGGCAACCUCUAAUCUUUCCUUGCCAAACUUUCCACAUUUUGACGUCCAUGUCGAUGGCAACGUUGGUCCACGAUGGAAAAAAUGGCUAACCAGGUUCGAACGCCUUCUUAUAGCGACGAACAUCACAGAAGCAAAACAAAAACGGGCCCUUUUAUUACAUUAUGCUGGCCCGGCCGUAGACGAAAUCUUUGAUACUUUAUCUGAUACCGGCGAAGACAAGGACUAUAAAAAAGCAGUAGACGCUCUGAAUGCAUACUUUUUGCCUCAAGUUAACUCAGAUAUUGACGCAUAUAAUACCCGGCUGAGACAACUCGCCCAAACCUGCGAUUUUACCGACGUCGAGAAAGAAGUAAAAUCACAAAUAAUUAUUGGGUGUUUGUCACAACGUUUAAGACGACAAGCUUUGCGUGAUAAUCCAACUCUCAAAGAUCUACUAGCCGCGGGAAGAGCACAAGAGCGAAGCGAAACACAAGCCGAAGCCGUAGAAAAAGGCAUGUCACCCGUAAAUUCCAUCAAACACGAGCAAAGCCAAAGAGACACGAGAAACAGAAAAAAUCACGGAAAAUAUCAACAAUCGAAGUCCAGAUACUUUGGGAACGCUGGAAAUCAACAAACACCCCCCGGAAAUCGACAAUUUCCCACCAGAAAUCGACAAAUACCCCCGGGAAAUCAACAAAUACCUACUCAAAAAUGUCGCAAUUGUGGUGGAAUUUUUCUACAUAACGGUGACUGUCCUGCAAAAGGUAAAGAUCUAAACCCAAACGACGCGAAAUCCACCAAGUAUCGGAAACCCCAUCAGAGGAACCCCAAUAUCUAUUCACCUUGCAGAAUAACCAUCAGCACAAUACAUCACCACUCUGUGAAGUUUACAUAG